AUGGGUAAAAAAGUUAAACAAGAUCUUCCACUUCACAAAGUCAUUAUGGUUGGUAGUGGUGGAGUAGGAAAAUCUGCCUUAACACUACAAUACAUGUACGGUGACUUUGUUGAAGAAUAUGACCCAACUAAAGCUGACUCAUAUCGUAAGAAAGUCAUCCUGGAUAAUCAAGAAUGUCAAAUAGAUAUUCUCGAUACAGCUGGUCAAGAAGAAUACGCUGCUAUUCGUGAUAAUUAUUAUCGCUCAGGUGAAGGAUUCUUGUGUGUAUUUUCUAUUUCUGAGCAUGAAUCAUUUAAUCAUACACAAGAUUUUCGGGAUCAAAUUUCAAGGGUACUUGAUGAUGAUAGCAUUCCAUUUAUCUUAGUGGGCAAUAAAUCAGAUUUGGCACAAAUACGUAAAGUAACACGAGAGGAAGCCCAACGGAAAGCAUUAGAAUGGGGAUGCCCAUACAUUGAGACUUCGGCAAAAACACGACAAAAUGUGGAUGAGGUCUACACUCAACUGAUGCGAAAGAUUCGGGAACGAAAAGAUGGUCAAAAGGAUGAUAAUAACAAGAUCAGAAGGAGUCGAUGUGUUUGUUUGUGA